AUGGCAUUAAACGCCUUCGUCUCCGCCUUGAAAGGGUCGAUUGGGGUAACUAUUAGGAACAUGGGAGUCCCGAACAUAGCAAAAGCCUACGAGAUAGCUUGCAGGGAAAAGAAUUUAGGAGCUCUAGAAGAAACCGAACCGGAACCAAAACCACAAGGGUCAACGGAGUCGGUAGACAAAAGCACUAAAGAAACUCCGAGUCAGGGACAGGAGAGAGAGGAACCUCAACGACAAGGAAGUCACAGAGAAUCAACCGCCUGGCCACACUAUCAGUGGGGUAAUAACCAGCCUUCGUUUCCAAUGCCUUUCGGCAUGCCAAACUUUAAUGGAUGGCCGGGAUUCGGGCUUCCAUACCCGAUGAUGGGCAACCCAUUCAAGGUAGACAACUUCAACCAGGGAGAGUCUUCAGGGUACCAAGGGCCAUAUCGCAACCAUCAAAACGGGAAUUCUAGAUGGAACCAAAGCUAUACAAACCGAGAUAGGCAGUGGAACAGGUAUAACAACGGUUAUAACAAUAAUAGGUACAAUAAUGGUUAUUACAAUAACAACGGCAGGGGGCAGUUAGCGAUUGAGUCACCAGCCAACGCAGAAGGCAGUGGACAAUCAAGGAUGUCCAGAAAUUCAAACAGUUCUGGGCAAUCAAGACGGUCAUACCAUUCAACCAACACUUCUGAUAGGAACUACAACAGAUCUUCGGUCGGGGGGCAACUCCACAACAUUCAAGAGGAGGGCCCAAAUUUUCCACAAGCAGCCUCAAACAACCAACAGGAUACUUAG